UCUUUUAGAAGCUGAUAUAAAAGAAGCUGUCUCAGAGCUUAUUUUAUAGUUGAGUUUCUUUCGAUUAAUUCAAUUGAAUAAGAUAUCGUCCAAUAUUUUUAUCAUGAUUUUUUGGGAGAUAGCAUUUUUAACCACUGUCUUAGCAGCCAGUCUAGCAAAACCGCCACCCAGUCAAUCAGUUCAAGAUACUACACCGCCACCUGAUGCUAUAUUUACUGAUGAUUACUUCCAACAAGAAGCGACUGAGCGAGAUGUUAAAUCAGACGAAGAACAAAACCUUGACAAUUGUGAAAAAGUUUAUAAAAAUUCAAUGGUUUGUUUGAUAUGCAAAGAUCCAGAAACAACAGCUAAAUCUGAACAGUGUUCGUACGUAUCUCAUCCAAGUGAAAAAUUUAAUUCAAAAAAAAAACCAGCACUUGUUAAGAAGAAAGAGAGCUUUCAAGCGAAACCGAGAAUUGCCAGAGAUCAGAGUGGAGAAAGUGGUGAGGAAACAUCGUAUCCAUCAGAGUCAACUUAUUCUGACAGUGGUUAUAAUGGUGGAGGUGAUGAAGUUUUACACAAUUACGACAGUUUUUCAGAUAGUUAUGAUACUCCAAGUAGUUAUGAUGCUUCAUCGGGUAAUUAUGACAGUUUUUCAAACUUUUAUAAUCCCUCGGCAUCAGCUGAGUACACAUCUGAGUCUGAAAGAAUAUCACAAAAAGCAACAAAAGAUCAUUGCAAUGAAAUACAAAAAGACGACAUGAUAUGCACGAUAUGCAAGGAUCCAAAAACAGGUGAUGAUUAUGAAAAAUGUUCUUAUGCAUUUGUACCAAGUGAUAAAAAUUACAAAUACAGUAAAUCAAAUAGUUUUGGUUAUCCUGAUAAUAAUAAAUAUCGAAAACGUAAAACUAAAAAAGUACCAUCAAUUUAUGAAAGAUCUGAUAAUGCACAGGAAAUAGUUGAAAUUGAAGAAAUGAAAACAGCUGAAGAUAAUAAUGAUGGAUGUCAUGAAGAAAUUAGAGAUUCAACGACUUGUCGUGUUUGUAAGGAUCCACAAACUGGAGCUGAUUCAGAAAAUUGUAGUUACUCAUAUAAACCAGAUGAAAAAGUUUAUGCCUAUACGGCAUCUAAAUCAUUUGGUUCACCUUAAAAUAAUAAGUCAGGUGAUGAAUCUGAAUAAUAUUGAAAAAAAAAAAUUUAUUAUAAAAUUUAAAUAUUUGAUGUUUGAAAAUAAAAGAAUACUGAGAUAAUGUUGCAUGUUUUUAAGAAUUUUCAAAUGAUUUAAUAAAUAAUAUUUGUUGUUUUUUACUACACAAGAUAGCGACCCCGCGCCUCCAGCGCGUGGUUGUAUAUCCCAGGUAGGAGUAAACGAUUGUGCCAGGCCUGGCACAAGCUUGUGCACAAGGCUCACAUGCUUGUGUCUAGCUUGUGCUACAAGCUUGUGCCAAGGUUGUUAAGUGAUUGGAAAUGUGCCUAUGUUACAAGCUUGAUGACAAGCCUUGUGCCAAGGCUCGUGUCCCAGCCUCGUGUCAAGACUCGUAUUCCAGCAUUGUGCCAAGGCUUGUGCCUCGGGCUUGACUCAAGCUUCCAAAAAUAAUUUUAAAAAAAAUAUAAAUAAAUUAUUAUGGUUAAUCUAUUAUUAUUGUUAAUUUAAUAAUUCCGACAUUGUUAUUUUUUAAUUCAAACAAUUCUAUUAAACGAUAAUAAUUAAACGAAAAACUAGGGACGCGACGCGGGAUCGAU